CACUUCCGGUAUUGCAUAGCCUACACACAUUGGCCUAAUCAUGGUUUCGUCUUCCUCUUUAGCUGCAUGUUAGACUUCGUAUUAUUUUUGUGCAAUCAGGGAUUUCACCACUUGAAGUAAUAUGUAACUUUGUGGUCACUGGAAGUGUGCAGUUGUACAAGAGAAGUGGAGAUGGCAGUUGCUGUCCCUGGCAUGGGAGACCACGAUCAUCUCCAACAGUAUUUUUUGGGCAAGUUGGAAGGAAAUCCGUGUUACAAAGAGACCGAUGCGUUCCUGAAAUUGCUAUUUGAAAGAUCGACAUUAAAACAAAAGAAAAGGGAACACGAACAAGCUGAAAAGUGGUUGUUUUGGGCAAGACAUGAGUCCAAACUUAGGUGUGUGCGGGCCAGUGUCCCUGUGGGCGUGCUGCCCGAAGGUUUUGAGGGCGAAUUGGUGGAUAUCAAAGUAUUCUCGAGAGGGCCGGAUGAUGUGGUAUACGAUAACAACGACCUAAUUAGGCGCAAGGUAGCAAGGGGUAACUGUUUUCUUAACUUGACGUCAGGAGAAGAGACUGGAGUUUCAUGUGUUCUCCAGGCGAUGAAGAAGUUUACAGGGGGUCUUGGGGAUGAUGAUGAUCGAGAGAGCGGCGACACCUUUGUCUGGCAAAAGUACUUCACAAAGUCUCUAGAUGAUGCAUCUGUUGUCAUAGCAACAAGGAAAGCCAAUGGAGAAGCAGCACAUUUGAGCUGUCGUUUGAUUGGUGGAGAGUAUGUGUUGUGUGGAGGCUCCAAAAAUGUUCACAUGUUGUUCAGGAGAAAAGAGGACAUAACAAAAUAUGUGGAGCCUCGCUUCCGUAUCGCCAGAGAGGUGUGUGCCACGAUCAUGGAUUCCAUAGAUAAGAUGAAAUCAGAGGAAAAGGAAAGAUUGUUGAAGUUCCUGGUUAUAAGUCAAUACACAGGUGUGUUUGAAAUCCUUGCACCUGACCAUCAACAUGUGGAAGAUCUUUCUCACCUGCCUGGUCCGGAGUUACACUUCAUCACCUGGACACGCUGUGACCUUGACCCUUCCGGAGAGGAUGUGGCCGCUGUUCCUCCCCACAUUAGCAUAGAGAUAGCGCGAGCUUUAGGUCUAAAGACGGUCAAGUAUGACAGAGUGGCCAUACCAAACCUUGACAAAAGGAUGAAAGAGAUACGAGGAGGAUACCAGUUUGAGGGAGAAGUAUUGUACUUCCUCGACAGCCAGGGAGUGGUCAUGGGACUGCUGAAGAAGAAAACGGUGUGGUAUAUCAUGUGCCGAGCAAUCAGGGAGAAAUUACGGGCUGCCUGCAUAUCACUUACCAAAUACAGGGAGCAGUUCACUAUCAACAGAGUACUGAAAAAGACAGAGGGGAGAAUCAAUGAGAUACAGAAAUGGUUAGCCCUAGAUGAUGACACCGUCAACUUCUGGAAGUGUCUUGGGAAAAAAUUCCUACGAUGGACAUUGAAUCAAUAUGAAGAAGGUUCUAUCAAGAUGGAUGAGAUCGCUGACAAAUUCCCUGUUUUAUGGACAUCAUUUCUUCAAAGUACACACGAAUGCGAUGAUUAUUCUGCUGUAAAGAAGAAAGAAAUAGCUGGAGGAGUGGGAGAUAACUCUACUAAUUCAGGAAGUGAUAACACUGAACAUCACGAAACAAAUGGCAAUCUAAAGAGAGACACACACAGUGAUGAAAAUUCAUCAGAAGGAGGAGCAGCUAUUAUAACUGGUCCAGAGAGUAAUGAUCCAGAACUUACUCAGAUGUGUAGCAAUUUAAAUGAUGACAAUAGUGAUGGAACUUCUCAAACUAGGAACCGAUUUUCUCUAUUACAGGACGAGACACAAUCCGACAUUACAGAUCAAAUGGCAGCUACACAACUAAACAAAUGUGAUGACACCCCUCAUUGAUGUUGGUUGUUUGUAGGGUUUUACAGUUAUAUAACUAAACAGGUUUAAUGUGUCUUACAUCGAAUGAUUUCUUAUACCAUACCUGGGAUAGAAUGGUGGUUAACCACAAACAUACUCAAUCAUUUUACGUCCAUCUUAUCUACUUUUUAUGUAAAUCUCAAUACUGUAUAACAGGAAGAAACAGGUAAUUUUCAUUGGGGUUUUAUUUUCUUAUUUAUUUUCUUAUCGUAAUGGCCUGUUAUGAUACCUUUGAUGUAAAUAUUACUUUUCUCCUCCGAGGGUUGAAACAAAUCAAUGCAGUACUAAUAGUCUAGAAUUAUUUAUUUAGAACAGCUGACUUGAUACUCAUAGUAUUUAUUUAAGUAUGGUAUGGGGGUGACUUAACCUUACUUCGAACAUAAUUCAAAUGGCAUGCUCAAGGCUUUGCAAAAGUUAUGUCCCUUUGUAUAGAUGGCACUAGUUUCAUUUUGCAAUUAUAUUACCUCAUUUACCAUUUGUCUUUAAUAUGUAUCUUGAUUCUUCAAACGUUAUAUAUGUUGUUUGUAUUUUCCAGUUCCCUUUUACAAAUUAUAUCUAUCUACAUUGUACUAGAAUUGUUUCACCCCAAAAACAAUGUUUUAUCAUCACAUGAUAUAUAUUUUUUACUACAUUCUAAUUGAACUGUACAAAAUAAUGUAUAUUAAAUACAUGUAGCUUGGUAAAUGUUGAAUACAAAUUAUGUAGUUAAUUUAUCUGUCCCAAGGGAAGAAUGAUCUACUAAUCUCUACAUGCCCUAGAGAUGAAUUUUAAACAAUGAGAAUACCUUGCCAGCUUCAUUAUUGUUUUAUAUAUAUAAUUGAAUCAUCAUGAAUGAUACCACAGCCAGCGACAUAUUUAGCUUACUAUAUCUACUCUAAACAUACUUGUUUGUAUCUAUUAUAUUGAGCUUGGUUUGCAUUACAGUGAGGGUCAGUCUGUCCACCAAGCUCUGUACCUUUCCAGCCAAUUCUUCUAUCAUUCUCAUACUGUAUACCAGGGAACUUUCACCCUAUGCCAUUGAAAUUCCUAUUCUCUUGGUGCUUAGUUUACCCUUCACAUUUGAUUACUGUGUUUUUAUUAGGUUUUUUACUUACAUUUGCUGUACUGAUAAAUUUGCCCGCAUUACCGGGGGCAAAAGUUCAACUUUCGUGGUAUACAGUAUCAAACGAGGGACAUGGAUCUUAAUAUCUCCUUCAUAGAUGUUUAGGUUGCCACUGACUAUUCCUGUCCUUUUCAGGGUAUUUUAUGUACAAUUUGAAGAGAUGAAUGGGGCCACAUUGCAUUUUAUGGACAUGAUGUACAGUUGUCUAUUACAGUGUCAUUUCAAAUUACCAAUGAAAUGCUAUUUCUCCCCCAUUUGGUCAUACAGCUCGGGUAAUGUUGCCAGCAUGCUGGCUCCACCAAGUGACAGCAUUGGCAACAUGCCUACCUAGAAUGUGGUAAUAAGUCCACGUUGUGGAGAAUACUCAGUUGCUGCACCAAUCAGUCAUUGGGCCAGUCAUACAUUCAAGUAUUGGCCUAUUUCAUAUCACAGAUAUUACCUUGAUCUUACCCCCAUUUUUUCAUGUUACACAAACAGUUUGUUUAAUAGCGGUUCCAUCGCCUGCAGGUUUAAAUUUAAUUCAUCAAGACAGCUUUUCAGCUCUUGUCUUUUACUCAAAAAGGUCAGCGACAGACAGUAGGCAAUUCUUGGUCUGAAAACUUUAAUAAAUCUUCUGAAAUUUAUGUGAUGUGUUUGUUAUCUGUUAUGAAGCAUUAAUAUUAAAAUCUAGAAUUUAUGAGUAACACAUUCUCAGGUUCACAAACUAAACAUGUAAAGUUUCAGAUUUUGCAAAACAAUAUUCUUAUUUUCCACCCCAUUAAUUUUUACAAGAUCAUUUGUGUGUACUUAAAAAACACCAAAAUCAAUCAAAUAUACAAUGUCAGAUUUAUUUCAAUGAAGUUAAUCAUUAACAGAAAUAUAUAUAAUACAAUCAUUAUGAAUGAUAUUGUGUAUGUGCUUCUGACAAGCUGCACAAUAUCUGGGUCAAUAUGACCACACAAGAAUCACAUUAGUAUAUUAACCUGCUUAACCAAGAUUUUGUAUCCACCUAAUAUCUGUCAUGUGUUUCAAUUCCUGCUUACUACUACGAGUCUCCAGCAAAGAUUUAAAUAAAACUGUAUUCUCUCUUUAUCAAUAUUCAGAUUAGAACAAUGUAAUACUCCAAAACCGUCUAUCACUGUUCUGAGAAAACAACAAAUUCUCCAACAACCAUUUGCAGGAUGGCUACACAUCUGAGAAACGGUCAUUUCACAUGUUAAGAGCAGACUUUUAACAUUACCUGAAA